GAGCGCUAAUUUCUGCUGUGAUCGUGCCACGGAUAAAUGCGGCAGAGGACCGAAUUCGUUACCUGAAGUUAAUCACUGCAAAAUUUUGAUUUAUCAACGCAUCGAGCCCAUAACAUACUCCCAGUAGCUAUUACUCCGUAUCCCAAGGCCCUUGGUCCACGUAUAGGAAAGGGACAUAAUACCUUCAGAUAACACUGAAGGCAAUGUCCCACUCUGGGGAUCCUCCCGCAGAGAAAUGUUCUCUCAGGCACAAGCCCCAAGACCCGCUGAAACCGGACCAUUGCUAUCACCGGUAUCCCCUUCCGCUGACCCAAAUGGGCCUGCAGGGGUACGUGAGGAGUAUAAUUUGCCAUUUCAACUGCCAGAUCUGUGCCGAAGAGCCCCACCAGACGAGCACCUUUGUCUCCGGACACCAGGCGGCCUGUCACGCUGGACGGAUUUCGACAAAGAUCGAUCUCGACAAGCCAGCCAGGAGAACGGACCAGAAUAAAUACAAACAUGCAGGAACCCCGAGCUCAAUCCCUGAGCCACAGUCCAACUCCACAGGCACUGAUGACGCCCCCCCGCCCCUACCUCCACGCUUACCUCCUCGGUUGCCACUUCUUGAGGAUGAAUCCAGAAGCUGUAGUUCCACCCCUCAACCCCAAGAUGAAGAACAGGAGGCAGACUUGGUGAAAGUGAGAAGACCAGCUGGCAGGAGCCUUAAACGGAUGUCCACUGAUUGGGAAUCUCAGCUUCAGUAUGAGCCUUUGUACCAGACCUACCGCACUGCGGCUAUCACAGAGGAGAUCGAGCGGCAGACAGUAUGCUCUCCCAGUGGACCAGGUGCCGACAAGCCCUGCCAGCGGUGGUCCAGGGACGAUGGGAAAACGCUGUGGCAGGAGCUGCCCACCGUGCGGAAAAGUGGCGUCCUCAUGCAUCUCAGCCCGGGGGAGUGCAAGCACCAGGAGAGCAUGUUUGAGGUGCUGACGUCGGAGGCCUCGUACCUGCGCUCCCUCCGUGUCCUCAUCGAGCACUUCAUGGAGUCCCGUGACCUGGUCGAGACGCUCGUCAUCCGUGACAAGAAGACACUCUUCUCCAACAUUGUGCGCGUGCGGGAGGUCAGCAAGAGGCAGAGGAAUGCUCAGUUUGCUGCAGUGAUGUCACGGCUGCAGGAGUCUCCGUGCUGCCAGCGUCUGCCCUUCGUUUCAUUCCUGCUGUUACCCUUCCAGCGAAUCACACGGAUCAAGAUGCUGACCGAGAACAUUCUGAAGAGGACCAAGGAAGGAUCGAAGCAGGAGCGGACGGCUUCCGAAGCGCUUGCCUGUGUGUCUAAAAUUGUGAAGGAGUGCAACACACAGGUGGGCAAGAUGAAGCAGAUGGAGGAGCUGAUACAUAUGGCCAGGUGUCUGGAUUUCAACAAGCUCAGGGCUGUUCCUGUCAUCUCUCAGGCCCGCUACCUUGAGAAACGGGGGGAACUGCAGGAGCUGGCCAAAGGGGGCACCAUCUUCAGCCUCCGCUCCAAGUUUGUCUCCAUAUGCCUGUUCCUGUUCAAUGACCUCCUGAUCAUCACCAACAAGAGGAGCAACAGCACCGACCGCUACAGCGUGAUCGACCACGCCCACCGCUCACUGGUCCAGGUCCAGCCAGUCAACAAAGACCACCAUCGCUCGAUGCUAAAAAAGAGUUUUUGCCUCAUACUGCUGGAGAACCACAAGGGUCAGACGACCAAGCGCUUGAUGAAGGCUCCUACGGAGUCAGACAUGCACAGGUGGAUGGCGGCAUUUCCGAACCCCACGACCCCAAAACAGGAAGAGGAGGUCAUAUAUGAGGACUGGGACUGCCCACAGGUGCAGUGCGUGGACCAGUACACGGCCCAGCAGGCCGACGAGCUGAACCUCGAACCCACUGACAUCAUCAACGUCCUACGGAAGACCAACGAAGGAUGGUACGAGGGCAUCCGCCUCUCUGACGGUGAGUCCGGCUGGUUCCCCUCGGCAAACGUGCAGGAAAUCACGAACGAGCACGUGCGGCGGCGUAACCUGCGCGAGCAGUACCGGGUGGCGCAGGCCAGGGUGCAAGGAGCUACCCUGCAAAGACACAACUGUGGGAACCAGGAAGGAGGGGCAGAGCAGAGGAUUCAUGAAGCCACAGUGCCUGCUGGACUCCCGGUACCGGCUCUGAGAGCCUCGGAGUCAUAACCGAUUUCACAGGAAACGUCUGGAGUUUGGGAUCGAGCAGCGGAACCUUCAGACCGAAACCGAAAGUCUCGGAUUACAACACAAAGUGACGUAUAAAUGAGGAAACCGUCUGUAUCCGAGGCUGGAUUUCCUCUCAGCCUGCAGGAAGGCCUAAACUCUCUCACUCACAGCCCACAAACCAUGGAUGUGCGGCAGCUACCCCGACAGGCCAAGCGGCAGCUGAGCCGCUCAACGUGGGUUGGGCCACUUGGAAGAAGCACGCCCCCUAGCUGUAAAGACCAACUAUACCCUCCACAGCUGGCAAUUACUACAAUAUUUUUAUACAGAGCCUUUCCCGAUGUGGUUGUCCCAAACCACCUAAUAAAAUUGUCAUUU